AUGGGGCGCCUGACAGAGACGGCGGCAGCCGACAGCGGCGCUUCUGCUGCACACUCGGCUGGGCCCCCUCCCACUCCCCUUCCCCUUUCUUCCACCUCCUCCGAGUGCGCGGCCACCAUGGCGUCCAGCGAGGAGGACAGCACCAACGGCGGCGCCUCGGAAGCUGGUGAAGAGAGGGAGGCCACCAGCAAGAGGAGGCGCCUCGGCCUUUUGGCCACCACCUGGCUCAUCUUUUACAACAUUGCCAUGACUGCGGGGUGGUUGGUCCUAGCUAUUGCCAUAAUACGUUUUUAUAUGGAGAAAGGAACACACAGAGGUUUAUAUAAAAGUAUUCAGAAGACACUUAAAUUUUUCCAGACAUUUGCCUUAUUGGAGAUAGUCCACUGUUUAAUUGGAAUUGUACCUACUUCUGUGCUUGUGGCUGGGGUCCAAGUGAGUUCAAGAAUCUUUAUGGUGUGGCUUGUUACUCACAGUAUAAAACCAAUCCAGAAUGAGGAGAGUGUGGUGCUUUUUCUGGUCGCGUGGACUGUGACAGAGAUCACUCGCUAUUCCUUCUACACAUUCAAUCUUCUCAACCACUUGCCAUACUUCAUUAAAUGGGCCAGAUAUAAUUUCUUUAUCAUCUUAUAUCCUGUUGGAGUUGCUGGUGAACUUCUUACAAUAUAUGCAGCAUUACCAUAUGUGAAGAAAUCGGGGAUGUUUUCGCUAAGACUUCCAAACAAAUACAAUGUCUCUUUUGACUACUAUUAUUUUCUUCUUAUAACCAUGGCCUCAUAUAUACCAUUGUUUCCACAACUCUACUUUCACAUGUUACGUCAAAGAAGAAAGGUGCUUCAUGGAGAGGUGAUUGUCGAAAAGGAUGAUUAAAUGAUCCCUACAAACAAGGUGCUUUUUCCAGAAUAACCAGGAUUACUUGAGUCCAAGUUUAAUAACAAGAAUAAACAACUUCAUGAAAUAUCAUGGAUUGUAUUAUUUCUUAAAAUAUAACUUGAAACAGGUGGUAUUUGCUACUAUUUGUCUUCACAUUAUGCCAGAUCCAUUUUCUAUAUGAACUACACAAAUAUGAUCAACUCCUGAGUGGGUAUUAAGAAAAUAAUUGGGUGUAUUACCUUUAAAAAAAAAAAAACUUUUAAAAAUUUUGCUCUGUUUUUUUUUUUUUGGCAAUGUAUGCUCAAAACUUUUUAAAUCAAUAUUUAGAAAUUAGUUUAAUGGUUUAACAUUAUGAUGCUUUCCAGUGGCAUUUAUUUGAUAUUUAUAAAUGAAAGUAAAUACAAAAUUAGAA